AUGCCUUCGCAUGCUGGUCGUAGCACUAUUAACAACCGCGAAGCCAACCAACCCGAAGAGGACGAGGCCUUAGCAGAAGAUAUUGCUCAGGUGAUCGAGGUGAUUGAUCUGACCGUGCCUGAGCCUGCAGCCGCAGCAAGGGCACCACGAAGGCCUCGAGAGAAACGCGCCAGGCGUAAUCUAGCAAUAGUCCCGGAUCGGCAACUAGAAAGACAUGACUACGGAAACCAAGUACUAAAGCGUGGUGUUCUUGUUGAGAUGGAAGCAGUUACAGCGUUACAACAAGCAUCAUUCCUACUUAUCCAGAACAUUAUCAUCACCGAGAAUGGCAUCGUCCUUCGCGGGCUCCCUCUAACGCGCGCGAGAAACUUAAGGGGCCAACUGCCACGACUCCGGAAUGAACUUAUCUUUAUGCUUGAGAUUGACCAAGACGACCACCGACCUGACGAGGAACAAGCGGCGAUUGAGAUACCUUUGAUCAAUAUUAAAUCGGUUCGGAAUUUUCUCAUCACCAAUAAGGACUUUCCCGAACACCGGUUUCCUAACGGAAUCUAUAAGGACACUCGUGAUAUAGAAGAGAGGGGAGUCCUUAUAUGCCGUUGGAAGUGCAGAACCAUCUGGAGCGAUGCUAUGAAGCGGUGCAAUGGCAAGCCUCCUAUUGAAUUCGAGGUAUCGCGUAUAACCUACGAAGAGGUGUCAAAGGAAAGGUACCGCACGCCUAGUUCCUGUUUGACAAACAAGUGGCGCGGCGGGAUAGUUCGCGGCGGUUCAUUCAUCCCAGGCCAGACAAGUAACUCGCAGAUGAUGGUAGAUGUUGAUGACCCUAAGGAUCAAUCUGAUGAAUUGCCUAGUGAGUGGAUUCCGAGGAAGCCAGGGCAGCAAUAUACCUUUGGUGACAUGUUCUGUGGAGCCGGAGGAACAUCAUGCGGUGCUAAGACUGCUGGCUUUCGUAUCACGGUAGCUUGUGAUCAUGCAAAAGGGGCCUGCAAUACUUACCGUGAAGAGUUUAGAGAAACAGAAUUACACGAAGAUGAUAUGUAUAACUUCAUCAUGUCAAGGCAAGCUUCCACUGACCAUAUUGAUGUGCUUCACCUAUCACCGCCGUGCCAGUAUUGGUCGCCAGCCCACACUACUCCUGGCGCAGGCGACGAGGCAAAUAUUGCAAUCUUGUUUGCCUGUCAUGAAUUAGUUAAGGUCUUUCGUCCACGAAUUUUCACGGUGGAACAGACUUAUGGUAUUCUCCACUCGAGAUUUGAAUACUAUUUUAAUGCUUUGAUUCAUGGAUUCACACGAUAUGGCUACUCCGUCAGAUGGAGAGUGGCUAACCUACUCCAAUGGGGAGCGGCAUCGCAGAGACAACGGCUUAUUAUAUUCGGCUCCUGCCCGGGUGAAAAGCUACCACCAUUUCCGCCAGCAACGCACUCAAAAUAUCCAAAUCCCGAUCAAGGGACCAAGCCUUACAAGACAGUUAGGCAAAUUUUAAGCAAGAUUCCUCGAGAUGCAUUACUAUAUGACCCCCUUCACAGCACCCGGAAGCUCAAAGAGCUAAAAAAUGACCGGUGGAACCCUGACGUACCGCUUGCUCGUACGAUUACCUGCGGUGGCGGCGUAGGAAACUAUCACUACAGUGGGAAGCGCGACUUCACGCUUCGAGAAUACGCAGUACUACAAGGGUUUCCGGUGAACUACAAUUUCCAGCAACCGGAACAGAAGCGGCAAAUAGGCAAUGCUUUCCCACCCCUUGUAGUCCGAAGGCUUUACAAGCAUAUCCGCAGGUGGCUAGACCAGCAGGAUCGAGUGUAUGCUGAUGGUGAACUAUCGGAGUCUGAGGACAGCGAUAGUGACAACGAUGAUGAUAUGAGAGGUCAGAUGGAAGAACCUGAUAAUGAUAGCGAGGUCGAGUAUCUCGGAGGGCUAGUAGUCGACCGAAACGAUAGCGUACAAUAUCUAGGGGGCCGGUAUUUAUAUCAGCAAGUUAGCGAGCCACUUACCAUUAAUGACUCGGAACCAGAUGUCAUGGUUAUAGAUGCCAUGAGCGAAGAUGUUCACAGUCCUGAAAUUUGCAUCGAUGCAGUUCAAGCGGUAGGAAAUGAUCCUUUUCAUCCAAUCCAGAUUAAGUGA